CUCCCUCCUCCCUCCUCCUGCGGGGAAGGGGGCAGCCAGCUUGCCCGGCCAGCUGCACGCCUUGCACGGGAAGGAGAAGGGAGAAGGAGCAGAGCAGAAGGGGACAGCCGGCCCAAGCCCUGCUGCUGCCGGCUCCCGGCUCGACCGAUCCCGCCCUGGGAACCGGCCUGGCGCUGGGAACCGACCCCGGCCCCGAGGGGGAACUCUGCGAUGCGGUGGGGGCGUACGAGUCCCCAGCCCGGCUCCCCUCCCGGGAUGAAGCGUCUCCAGCUGGAAUCUCUUCUCCUUCCCCCAGUGGAAUCGUGGUUUCUAGAGGUCUCGGGAUCGCCACGGCUGCAGAGUAAUCCGAGCAGCAGCUGGAGGCUCCGCACCGCCUCCCGUGCCCGGCUUCGGGGCUUUGAUUUCACACAGGGCUCCCUGUCUCCCCUCCUCUCCCUCCUCCUCCUCCUCUCCGGGCCCUCCCCUCAACUCUCGGGAGCGAAGAGAAGCUUUUUGGUGGGUUUCUGGUGCUGGGAGGCUCGCGGAGUUUUGCAGCUUACUCCAGGGAAAAGUAUCCUGUGCUUCCCCAGGCAGCCACACAGUGAGCAGCAGUGAGUGUCACCCCGGGGCAAGACCGAGCUGGGAAUAAAAGGAGAACAAUGCAUUUCCUAGCCUGGUUCAGUUUGCUGCUUCUCCUUCCGUGCUUUGGUACCACAAAAACCUGCUUCCCUGGCUGCCACUGUGAAGUGGAAACCUUUGGUCUCUUUGACAGCUUUAGCCUGACCAAAGUGGACUGCAGUGGAAUAGGCUCACACAUUGUUCCUGUACCAAUCCCUCUGGACACCUCCUACUUGGAUCUAUCAUCAAACAAUCUGGAAACAAUAAAUGAAUCGAUGCUUACUGGCCCUGGAUACACCACCCUGGUGAGUCUCGACCUGAGCUACAACAAAAUUGCCAAGAUUUCCUCCACCACAUUCUCCAGGCUUCGGUACCUGGAGUCCUUGGAUCUGAGUCAUAACUCUCUGGAAGUCCUUCCGGAGGACUGUUUCUCCAGUUCUCCUCUAAGUGACAUAGAUCUAAGCAAUAACAACCUUUUGGAUAUAGCUAUGGACAUUUUUGCUUCAAAAGGUCAAGGCAAAUCCCUGAAUGUGGAUCUGUCCAAUAAUAUGCUCAGCACAAUUACAAGACACCAUGAAAAGAGCAUUCCCAACAUCCAGAAUUUAAAUCUCUCUGGAAACAGGCUAACAUUUAUACCAAACCUUCAAGGCAUUCCUCUCCGAUAUUUAAAUCUUGAUGGAAACCCUCUGGUUAAGCUUGAGAAAGGAGACUUCACAGGGCUGAAAGACUUGAUCCAUUUAUCCCUCAGUGGCCUGCAUGGCUUUAGGGAGUUAUCUCCUCAGAGCUUCAAGGAACUCCAAGCCCUCCAGGUUCUGGAUUUAUCCAACAAUCCCAACUUGAAGUCACUGUCUGCUGAAGUUAUCUUUGGUCUGAACUCCCUACAAGAGCUCAACCUCUCUGGGACAGGUAUAUCAUCCUUGCCAAAGACUUUGCUGAAAUACCUGCCUUCCAUCAAAAGCAUCACCUUAGGGAAGGACAUACAGUGUCUUAAGACCAUCAAAGAAGGACAGUACCACCGACAAAUUGGGCUGACCAAAAAAGAAAUCCUCAGUUGCCAUGACAGCCAUGGAUCCGUAGCAGCAGCACCUUAUGUUUUGUGAUGAAAGCUGGGGAGAAGAAGGGGUGGGGCAGGGAGGGUGGGGGGCCGUGGGACUUGUACAGGUGUCGGACUGAGAUGGCUUGCAGUGUGCCUUUUGUAAAACUGUCAAUAAUUUAUAUAUUUGUAUUUGCCAAUAGUUGAUUGUUUGUGGAUUUUAUAAACUCUCAGAUCUCAGUCCGCGAUACCUGCAGGCUCCGGAUUUUACCCGGCGCGUUGAGGUCCUCACUCGUGCCGUUGGCUCAGGAGCGGUGAUGCUGGAUGAUGCGGGGACAAGUUGCUCUGCAGGUCCCAGGGCAGAACACUCAGUCUGGAGCAAACCCUUCAUGCCUCAGACACGUUUGUAGGAGCAAAGCUACACCUCUGCAGAGCACACACCAAAACGUACCAGCUCUGUAGCUGCUGGCUUACAAACCCAUGCAUCAUCCUUCUUUUAAUUAUUACUCCCCAAAAUGUGCCUUCUGGAUGUUGCCUCCAUUAGCAGCACCCUGUUUUCUGUCAUGCACUUUCAGUCUUGAAGAAAUAUUUCCAGACAAACCUGAAUACAGGGUGUACCUAAUGUGCUGGAUUUUACAUGUUAUUUGCAUAGGUGUGCAACGAACAUUGAGUAAGUCGAGACUUUUUCCCACCAAUCUCUCCUUGUUUUCCCACCUUGAUCCUUUUCAUGUCUAAUUAACUUAGGUACAGCUUUGGCAACCUCUUGUCUUUUUAACCUCAAUGAGCCAUUGGUCAGAGAUGACGUGCAGCAGAGGAAGGGAAGCAGAGGGGUCUGCUAACAGCCACAUCUCACCCAGGAACCAGCCUUUGAUGAUGGAGGUUGCAAAGGGAAGACAUCAUGUAGCUUAGCUAAAUUAAAAAAAAAUAAAAAUUGAAAAGAAUCCCUCUUCCCUUCCUGGGGAAGCUUGGAAGGAAACUUUGACAGGGAUUCUUUCUUGAUGACCUUAUCAAACCAAGAUGCAGUCCCAGAGGAUAUGAGAGUAAGUUGUUUCCAGGCUGACAUUCCCCAUCUGAACACAACAUCUGCAGCUCAUCUGGGCAUAUGUGAGGCAACUUGCAGUGCCAAAACACUUCUGAGAACGUGCCAGAGGAAGAAUUAACACUGGUGCCUGUGGCCCUGGAGCACUUUGCUUAUCGGAGAAAAGAUCUUUGGGUUUUUUUCUAGAGUUGUGGCUUUUCUUUCUCUCACACAGCUCCUUGGUUGCCUUGUGAAUCUGAUAAACUGAAAUCUGAUAAAAA